CCCGCUCGGCCCCCGCCAGGCCCCCGCCUCCGCGCGCCAUUCCUCCCGCCGCGCGUCCCGCCAGCCGCGCGCUUCGGCCAUGGCGAGCCUGGGGCUGCGACCGGCCAAGGGGUACCGGGUGGUGCUGCUGGGCAGCGUGGCGGUGGGCAAGACGGCGCUCGCCACGCAGUUCGCCUGCGGCAGCUUCCCCGAGCAGUGCGAGCCGUCGGUGGAGGAGCUCUUCAGCAAGGUGAUCGAGGUGAACGCGGCGCCCGCCCUUCUGGAGAUCGUGGACACGGUGGGCGCCGAUCACCUGGUCACCCUCAAGGACCUGUACAUCAAGAACAGCGACGGCUUCGUGGUGCUCUACAGCGUGUGCAGCGAGGCCUCGUUCGAGGCGGUGCGGCCGCUGCGCGAGCGCAUGGGCCGGCUGCGGGGGCCCAAGGCCGUGCCGCUGGUGCUCGUAGGCACCAAGGCCGACCUGGACGCCCAGCGCCAGGUGCUGACGUCUCAGGGCCGCGCGCUGGCCCGCGAGUGGCGGUGCCCGUUCCUGGAGGUCACGGCCAAGAGCAAACUGAUGGUGGACCAGGUGUUCACGCAGGUGGUGCGCGAGAUGGAGGCCCUGGCCCCGCCCGAGGAAGUGGUUCCGGCGGUCCCCACCAACGCGCAGGAGACGUGGCCGUCCGAAAGAUUCAUCGGCUGACGCGCGGCGGUUCCUCUUGCCUGUAUUCGUCGCUUUUCGUGAUUUCUGAAGCUCCCUUUGCUCCUCUGCGUUUUUUAAGAAAGUUAUUCCGCUGUAAACAAGUGGUUACUUCUAUAUAUUGACUCAGAUCCGUGCCUCAGACUGUCCACAGAGCUUCUUAAAUGUUUGUCGAGAACUUUGCAACUGUGUUUACUUCUGACAGUGCUGGAGGAGAAACCAAAAAUCAGUUUUUUACCUCCUGUAUGAAGAAAGCCUACCCUUUUCUUCAGUGGAAUUUGUUACAGGAUUUUUUUUUUUGGUCAUAAUUAAUACCUUCCAGUGUCAUCUGACGUUUGAUAUUGAUUGUGGAACAUGAACUGAUGUUUCAGCUUUCCAUUCCAUGAGGCUCUGAUGUGUUUCCCUGUCAUUUACAGCCUUGAAUUGCAGUAGUAUUUUCCUCUCUUCGUACUUCUAAAUAUAGUUAUGACAUACGUAGCCAUGGUUUGAAAGGGAUACUGUAUACUCUGGGAGGGGAAAAAUCAACUGUGUGCUGGGGCAGAGAUAGCUCAGCUCUGCCUUCAGUUUUGUAAUUGACAUCUAGUCGAUUUCUGCAUCUGUCCAUCUGUCGAUUAAGUGAAAAUAAAAUGACUUUAGAAGUCGAUAGUUUUUGAUAUUUGUCUUUCUAAAACUUAAGCUCCAAGUUCCUAAGGUUUCCGUAUACCAUAUCUUUGCUUUUCAGUUAUUUUCCAGGACAAGUUAGUUACUAGAGUGAACAUGGCCCCACAUCUUUCUCUGUUUCUGCAGAAGUGCUUUCAAUUACAAGUUGUUUUUUUUUUUUUUUUCUCGUGUCUUGCCAGAGUCGGAUACAUUGUCUGAAUACCUGCCUAGUUUAACAGCAGUACAAAACAUGAAGAAAUAGAAACAAAACAUGGAGAAUCUUUUUGUAAUGAUAGUAGAGAUCUUUCUUGCACUGGCUUAAUUAAAAAAAUUGGUCCUUGA